CAUGAGUGGAAAGGUCAAAGAGGAAUGAUAAAGGAUAAGAUCAUAAGAAAUAGAUCAGACUCUGUUGACUUGGGUUAAUACUCUGAUAGUUCGACAUGACCAUUUGUUCAACUCUAGAGUGGGGGUAGGGGCGUUGACGAGGCUAGAAGACUUGGCCAACGACUUCCAAGUUCUGAUAUUAUUAAUGCAGUUCUAAAAAGUUUGAUUCAUCGAGAAAACUAAUGGGGUCGCUGCCAAUGAAAUGCUUAUUGUUGGCUUUUACAAUUUUAUUACAAAUCAAUGGAUUCCAUGGUUGUAUUGAGGAGGAGAGAAGCGGUCUUCUGGAAAUUAAGACAUUUUUUCGAAUGAUGAAUGGUGAAGAAGACACUACGCUUCUUUCAUGGAUUCAUGGAAAAGAGAGUAACUGCUGCAACUGGGAGAGAGUCACCUGUGAUCCAACUACUGGCAGAGUAGUCGAGCUCGAUCUUAACAAUUUACAUAUUUCAAAUAUUCUUGAUCCCCAAGAUAAUUUUCUUAACGUCUCCUUAUUUUCCCCUUUUAAAGAAAUAAGAAUUCUUGAUUUGUCGGGAAAUGAAUUAAUGAGUUCUGCUAGUACUGCAGGUUUUAUAAAAUUGGUCCAUUUGAAGAGGUUAGAGAAGUUAAACCUUGCUGUUAAUGCGUUCAACAACAGCAUCUUCAAGUCUCUUAGCACACUCAAGCCGUUGAAGUUUUUGAACCUCAGUCACAAUAAUUUUGAAGGGCUUCUUCCUGUACAAGAUCUAUCGACUUUGUGGAACUUGGAAAUAUUGGAUUUAAGUCGUAACAGGUUUGAGGGUAACCCCUCGUUGCAAGAUGCAACGAGUUUAUCCCAGUUGAGAAAGUUGGAGCACCUGGAUUUAAGCAAUAACUAUUUCAACAAGGACAUUCUGAAAUCAGUGAGCAAUCUAACGGCACUUAUAUUCUUAUCGUUACAAAAAAAUGAUAUGGAAGGUCCAAUUUCAAGUAACGAAUUGGACAACCUGAAUAAGGAUCUGGAAGUCCUAAUUUUAAGAGAGAAUCAACUAACUGGUCAUCUACCUAUUCAAGAUCUUAUAGCUUUCAAGAACUUAAAGGUUCUAGAUUUGAGCAAGAACAAUUUCACGGGGAGCAUACCUCAAAUUAUCGGGCUCAUGUCCUCCCUUUCGGCACUAUCAUUGGCAGAAAACAACCUUACGGGUUUCUUGCCCAGUAAAGGUUUUUGUGAACUUAAAAACCUUCAAGAAUUAGACCUCAGUCUAAACGCCUUUGAAGGACAGCUCCCUCAUUGUUUCACCAACUUGAGCUCUAUAAGAGUUUUAGAUCUUUCUAUGAAUCGAUUCAAAGGGGACAUUUCCUUCAUAAUAUCCAACCUCACAUCCCUGCAAUACAUAAGCCUAAAGGAUAAUGAAUUUGAGGGUAAAUUAUCACUUAGUUUAUUGGCCAAUCAUUCUGAGCUGGAGAUCGUUGAACUGGGGAAUAUGGGAAAAAUGGAUGUUGAAACUGAAAAUUCAAAUUGGACCCCAAAAUUUCAGUUGAAAGUUCUUCUAUUAUCCAAUUGUAACCUUAAUAAACUCGGUGGCAAUAUCCCCACUUUUCUUUCACACCAGUACAGGCUAAAAGUGAUUGAUCUCUCGAACAACAACCUGCGAGGAAAUUUUCCUAAUUGGUUGCUUCAGAAAAAUGCAGGAUUAGAAGUUUUGAACUUAAGAAACAACUCCCUUGUUGGCCAGUUAUCACUGCCUCCUCAUCAUAACAAUAGCAUUUAUUGGUACGAUCUGUCAAACAACCGGUUCACUGGACAGGUAGGGGAAGACAUGGGAAGAAAGCUUCUAAGCAUUGAAUAUCUUAACCUAUCUAGAAACUAUUUCGAUGGUACCAUUCCAUCCUCAUUCUGCAACAUGUCAAACUUGAUUCAAUUGGACUUGUCUUUCAACAACUUCUAUGGAGAAAUACCAAAAGAACUGAUUGCAGGAUGCAUCAAUUUAUCUGUUCUCAAAUUAUCAAGCAAUAAGUUCAAAGGGGAAGUAUUUGAUACUAGCUUCAAUUUGACAAGUAUAAUAGCUUUACGCCUAGAGGACAACCACUUCUUUGGAACUGUGACAAAUGUUAUCACUAGGAGCUCUAUCAUGAGUAUGCUGGACAUUAGCAACAACCAUAUCUCAGGUGAAGUCAGUUGGAUAUCUAAUAUGACAAGCUUGAUGACUGUCCUCAUGUACAAUAACUUCUUGAGAGGCCGGUUACCGUGUCAACUAGGGGUAUUCGGGCUUUUAGACAUCUCACAUAACUCUCUUUCGGGACCUUUACCAUCUUGCUCGAACAUGCUGGGUCAUAUAGUUUUACAGGGAAAUAAGUUCACCAGACCAAUACCAGAUGCUUUUCUAAAUUCAUCAUAUCUACAAACAUUGGAUAUGAGGGAUAACCUUCUAUCUGGUACAAUCCCCAACUCAUUCCAUGCGCUCUCCGACUUGAGGGUUCUUCUGUUGGGGUCAAAUCAGUUGAAUGGCUCCAUUCCCAACCACAUAUGUAAUUUGAAAAAAGUCUCCCUGAUGGACCUGUCCCACAACAAAUUCUCAGGGAUUAUUCCUCAUUGCAUCAAUAACAUCUCUUUCGGUAAAUUUGGUAUAUACGAUCAAGUAUACAGCUUGCACACCUACCUUGCAUGGAAAAAGCAUCCAAUCUGCACAUAUGGGAAUUUCUUGGUGAGGACUUAUGACCAACAGAAUGUAGAUGAUGAAUACGACGAAUUAGUUGAAGUCGAAUUCGUUACAAAAGGAAGGCGUGGCUCCUACAAGGGAAACAUCCUCAACUACAUGUCGGGAUUGGAUUUGUCAUGCAACAAUCUAACAGGAGAAAUCCCACAUGAAAUUGGAGAUUUGGGUUCACUUCAUGCAGCAAACUUGUCUCAUAACCAUCUUAAGGGUUCCAUUCCUAAAAUUUUCUCUCGUCUUUCCCAAAUAGAGAGUUUAGACCUUUCCCACAACAGAUUAAGUGGAGAGAUUCCACCGGAAUUGCUGAAUCUCCACUUUUUGGCGAUGUUCAGUGUGGCUUAUAACAACUUAUCAGGUAAACUUCCAGAAAUGAAAUCACAAUUUGGGACUUUUGAUAGGAGCAGUUAUGAGGGAAAUCUGUAUCUUUGUGGACUUCCACUGGAAAAUAAAUGCUCUUCCAUUGGGGAGUUGCCAAAAUCAUCAUCCAGUUCAGAAAAAAAGGAUAGGAAAUGGUACAAAAUAGAUAUAGCAGAUUUUUAUCCCACUUUUAUUGUUUCCUACAUUGUGUUCUUUCUAGCAGCAAUUGCUGUUUUUUAUAUGAAUUUCUUUUAACAAAGGUGUUCAAUUUGUGGAGUUGUGAUACUAUAAAGUGCUAGAUGAUUUUGUACCUCUUAUAUGUAAGUUUGGGAUACAAGUGAAAGGUCUGUAGCUGGCAAUUAAUAGUUAACAAGUGUCAAAGUAAUCAUUUGCUUGUAUUUCUCUUUGUUUCAUUUUUUUCCCCUAUCAAUUCCUCCCCUUUCGACAUUUACCAUUUAUAUGAUGUAUAGACAACCUUUUUGGUUC